AAAUUAAAAUAUUCUCCUGAAAUUCAUCACCAACAACCAGGAUAUUUAACUAAGAGCAAUGUGAAACUGCUGAAAGAGGUGAAGCAAAAGCCGUCCAGAAGAAUCUCCAGAACACACAGAAACAGUUUGCUACAUUUAACAGACAAUUGAAGCCAAGUCCCAACAUGGAGAAACAUCAGCACUCUGUCAAGAGUUUUACUAAACAGAGUAAUCUCAAAAAACACCAGCGCAUUCACACAGGAGAGAAACUGUAUCACUGCUCAGACUGUGGGAAGAGUUUUAAUCAUCAGAGUAAUCUCAAAAAUCACCAGCGCAUUCACACAGGAGAGAAACCGUAUCACUGCUCAGACUGUGGAAAGAAAUUUACUACACAGAGUCAUCUCAAAAUUCACCAGCACAUUCACACAGGAGAGAAACCAUAUUGCUGCUCAGACUGUGGAAAGAGUUUUAAUCAACAGAAUCAUCUCAAAAAUCACCAGCGCAUUCACACAGGAGAGAAACUGUAUCACUGCUCAGACUGUGGGAAGAGUUUUACUACACAGAGUAAUCUCAAAAAUCACCAGCGCAUUCACACAGGAGAGAAACCGUAUUACUGCUCAGACUGUGGGAAGAGUUUUACUGAACAGAGUAGUUUCAAAAAACACCAGCGCAUUCACACAGGAGAGAAACCGAAUUACUGCUCAGACUGUGGGAAGAGUUUUACUCUACAGAGUACUCUCCAAAUACACCAGCGCAUUCACACAGGAGAGAAACCGUAUUACUGCUCAGACUGUGGGAAGAGUUUUACUCAACAGAGUACUCUCCAAAUACACCAGCGCAUUCACACAGGAGAGAAACCGUAUCACUGCUCAGACUGUUGGAAGAGUUUUACUCAACAGAGUAAUCUUCGAAAACACCAGCGCAUUCACACAGGAGAGAAACCGUUUUAUUGCUCAGAUUGUGGGAAGAGUUUUACUCAACAGAGUAAACUCAAAAAACACCAGCGCAUUCACACAGGAGAGAAAACUCCAUCUUAGUUCAGUUUGAAGGCAAUUAAAAGUGCAAAUCGUAAGUCUUUUCCACUACCACUAGGCCCAUCUGCAUGAAAGAAGAAGUGAAAACACCAGCUGAGGAACUCCAGAGUGUGUUCCCAAAAGUGAGACCCAGAGCCACAGAGAGAGACGACACUGUUCCGGGUACUGCCGUGUGGACUGGAGGAGCAUCCAGACCCGCAGAGAGGCCAACAAAAUCCUUUCCAGAGGUUAAAUAAAACGCUCAAGCUGUAGUUCUCAUACUGAAAUCAACCUCCUCCAGGCUUGUGUAGUGCAGUGAGGUUGCAGGCUCAUUCAUUCCCUCUGAUGGUGUUCUCAUUUGUCUAUGGUUCGUUCUGAUUAAAAAUCUGUAACCAUAGAGGGAUAUAGAUGGAUAUUUGGUUGUUGUAUUACUCAAGUUUUAUGCUCUCUUAUCUUUUCCUUAUUUAAUAUUAUAUGUUGCUUAAGGUUUUUUGAUCUCCAAAAUUUACUAAGAAUAUCCAAAUCAUGUAGUUUCUUAAUUGUUUUUAUCCACUACAAACUAUUAUCUUUGUAUUGCUUCACCUCUAUAUUUACUCAUCUGUGUGUUUUAAUAAACGGCUUUUAGAUUGCAGAUCUGCAAUCUCAUUGUGUUUUCUCAACAUAUGUUGGACAUGAAACCUAUAGGCCUGAGAUUGUCUCAUGUUAUUAUUUGUUAAAUACUCAAAGGUGCCCAACAGAGAAAGCCAGUGUAAAAUGGAUUUGUGUUGAGUGUAACAAUAGUCAAUUUAAGAUUGAAAUUCAGAAAAAUAUAUUUUUUUAAUGGUUCAGGCUUAAAAGGGUUAAAUAUACAAUUACUUCCAAAGGUAGAGUAACAUGGGUUUAACUUGUAUUCAUAUGUUUAUAAAGUUCUUUAUUGUGAGUG